AUGCUCUUCUUCCUGCUCAGCUGUCUGCUGCCCGCCGCUGACGGAGGGAGUUGCUUCCGCUGCUGGCCCGAGCUGCCCGCACUGGUGGACUACGACUUGCAGGUUCUCUGGGGCACACCAGGGCCACCUGCAGAGCUCUCACAGAAUCGUGACCACCUGGAAGAAGAAGCAGCCAAAUUCUUCAAUAACAUAGACCUAGCCAUUAAGAAAUCACGAGAUGAUAAACUAGUACUUUUGGAUGAGAUUGACACCUUCAGGAAGAUCUUUUCUGAGAGACUGAACAAGAUAUCAGAGGCACUGAAGGAGAAGGGUGAGAGGUGGGGCUGGCCCCCAUCCACGCCUGACCUUCACCCUCCCUGA